UAUAAAGUUCAAUCAUAGACCUAAGUUCAAUAUGAUAUUAAGCAAACAAUAUAUUUGCUUUAUCAUAAAUAAUAGAUAACAACUGACCGUAUGACUUAAAAAUCGUAGCAACUAACAGGAAAUGGACCUCAACGAUCCAAGACGCCCUUUAUUGGGGGAACCCUCAAGGGGCCGGUUAAGGAAAACAGCGGCAAAGUUUUGCGGCCUGGGCUCGUGGAAGAGAAGACUUCCAAUCACGAUAUGGCUUCCACGUUAUACAUUUGAAUCUCUGUUUAGGGAUCUCAUUGCGGGUAUAACGGUCGGCCUCACGUCAAUACCUCAAGGCAUUGCCUACGCAAUGAUCGCUGGCCUACCCCCGCAAAUCGGUUUGUAUUCCAGUAUAUUCCCGGGCAUAGUCUACAGUUUAUUUGGAAGCUGCAAGGACAUUACCCUGGGCCCGACCGCCAUAUUAUCGGCUCUCGUGGCUAAGUACGUAGCGUACUCCGACGAUUUCGCAUAUUUGGCCUCGUUCUUGUCCGGGUGUAUAGUCCUACUGUUUGGAAUUUUACAACUGGGAUUCAUAUUAGAUUUCAUAUCAAAGCCGGUGAUAGCGGGCUUCACAACGGCUGCGGCUCUACAAAUUGGAGCAUCCCAGCUGAGAUCCCUGUUUGGAGUUUCUGGCUCCUCGGGCAAUACGUUCGUGAAGGCCAUCAUUAACUUCUUCAGAAACAUCACAACGAUACAGCUAAAUGACUCUUUGCUGGGGGUGGUCACGAUAAUAUCAUUAAUGCUGUUGAAGUACGCGACGAUUCCGGUGGGUCCGGACUCAUCUUCGUGCCGGGUCCGGUUCGCCAAGCUCUGGGUGUACGUGCUGAGGGCUAGGAACGCUCUGGUCGUGUUUGUCGGUUCCAUCCUCGCCUACAUCCUGUACGUGCAAGGCUGGACGCCCUUCGCAUUAACAGGUAAAAUAAAUGGAGGUCUGCCCCGUUUCGGGCCUCCUCCUUUCAGUACCGUGGUCGGGAACCGAACUCUGAACUUCACGGACAUGCUGGCCGUGUUCGGAGCGGAGGGCCUGGUGAUGCCUUUGGUCACUAUAUUAGAGAGCGUCGCCAUUGCCAAAGCAUUUGCUGGGUCCAAGCCAGUGGACGGCACGCAGGAGAUGAUAGCGCUGGGGGCCUGCAACAUUCUGUCUUGCUUCGGUCAGAGCAUGCCGACCACGGGCUCCUUCACGCGCACCGCCAUCAACCAUGCCUGCGGCGUCAUCACCCCCGCGGGCUCCCUGUUCAAAGCGUGUCUCGUCCUCCUCGCGGUGACUCUGUUAACGGACGCGUUCUUCUUCAUCCCGAAAACUGUCCUCGCCGGGAUCAUCAUCGUGGCCAUGACCUCCAUCACGGAAUUCGGUCUCGUGACGAAAUUGUGGAGGAAUAGCAAGCUGGAGCUGGCGGUGUACUCGCUGACGGUGCUGGUGGGGGCGGGCGUGGGGCUGGAGUACGGCAUCCUGUGCGGGGCGGGGCUGGACGUGGCCAGGACGCUGGCGCACGCCGCCCGCCCCGACCUGCACCAUCAACUCUUCAAGGUCGGCAACCAGGACUGCAUAAUCCUGACGUUGCUGGGCACGCUGACGUACUCGUGCUGCGAGCACGUGCCGCGUCAGCUGCGGCGGCGCGCGGGCGAGCACGUGCACGUGGCGGUGCUGGACGCGCGGCACGUGCAGCGCCUCGACUACGGAGUGGCCGAGAAUUUGAUUUCCACGAUACUAGACCUCGAGCAGAACCACAGGUUUCUGCUGUGGAACUUCAAGGAGAGCCACAAGCAACUCUUCGAGGACAUACACCCCGGCUUCUCUGGGCGGUUCGUGUCCGGACCCAGCAUUGACCAGCAUAUAUUAGGACUCGAACCGAUACCAAUGCGAUGAGCUUUAAAUACUGAAGACUUAACAUAUUCCAUAAUGAACUUUAGGAUUACAUUAAUCUGAGCUAUAAGCUCUGCCUUUUUAUAAAUAAAUUGAAUUAAAUUCAGUAAUAGAAUAGGAUAGAAUAUAAUGUGGUACAUCAAAAUGAGAUGACAUGAGAUGAAAGUUCUUUUAGAAAGGCAGCAAUUUUUUGGAAUGUCUUUGCCUGAGAACUUAGCACUUACCGUCACGCGAGCUCUUGGCUCUAUCUUCGGCUUUCGUUGGCGAUAAAAACGUCGUCACAUUGACCGCUCUUACAGUUUUAAGUGAUCUCUUACCGAUGUAGAUUGCGAUGUACUUAUAAUUUAAAAUAUUUGUUAGUAUUAAAAUAUGAGGCUAAUCAAAAGUAUUUUUCUAAUUAUAAAGUGCUAGUCUUUGAUCGUUUAAAUGUAUGAAAAAGAUAUGUACCUGAUAAGUGUGGUGAACAAUUAUGUUUAUGUAUG